AUGCAGCACAAGGCAUUUUGGACUGCUCUGGAGUUUACCUGCCGACUACUGGGCAUCUCCACCGCAGCAGUACUGAUCGGUGUGGGCGUAGAAACUCUGCAGCGAGGACAGUUCAAAAGCCUGGCUUUCUACCUGCUUUUUUCAGGGAUUGCAGUUACUGUCUGCGAAGCCUUCUUCUUUAUCACUUUGUUCCUGGGGAUGUGCUUCACCUAUGAGCCUGGCUCCCUGGCACACACCUGCUGCAAGCGAGCUAGACACCCAGGAAGCUUCCAGAAAUUCAUGGGAUACACGUUGCUCUCCGUGGCUUGCUUCCUGCAUCCUGUCCUUGUCUGGCACGUCACCAUCCCUGGCUCCAUGCUGCUGCUCACUGCCCUGGCCUACUUCCUCCUAAGCAAGAGGAGGAAGAGUCCAGGACAUAAAGAGACUCAACUCGAAUCAGGCCAAUAUGUGGACCCUUCAGCCACCAUGGCAGCCCCAACCGGUGCUGGUGAUACUGAGCAGACCUACACCUUUGACGGGGCCCAGAGGCAGCAGCACUGCUCACUGCUUGGCCACAUGAAGAGCAUCCUGAAGGGGAGCAGGGACAAGAACCUGGUCCAGACAGCUUCAGCCAGACCAACAUCUCCAGCCAUGCCAGCGCCUCUACCAGCCCCACGCAAGCAAGUGCACUUCCAGGAGAAAGUGGUGCGGAUCAUCCCCUCCAUCAGUGACAGUUUGGAUGAUGUGGAGAGUGAGGCUGAAGAAACCACGCUGGACACAGCACCCAUCCUCACCCCUCCGGAUACCCCUGUACUCACUCCCCUCAGCUCCACAGGCCUGUUCUGA